UUAGGAAGUGUAAUGAGAAAUUUUUUUUUAUUCAUGAGGCUGGUUGAUAAUUGAGUUCGGAGGAUAAAUUAAGGAGAAAAGAUAAUUGUACUACAGGGACUGAUACACCAUGCUUCACAUCGACCUAUCAACCUCACCUUCAUUAAUAACACACGUCUAACUACAACUAUUUCCUACGUAUUUGACUGCUCAUCACCUUCAUACCAAUUGAAAACACGAGUUCUUUUAAAAUCCCAAGACGUGUAAAUAAUAGUAUCGCCUUCAAAAAUGCCACUUUAGUUAAAAGGAGCAAUUUAUAAGGUGUUACUGGCGCUUGUAGUAAUGACAAACUACUCACGAAUCAACCUUUAUCAAUUUUUUUGUUUCACCAUAGUAAAAGCAUGCUCUUUGGUCAGGGUACUACUCCUGUCCCCAAAUGAGAUUGAGAAUAAAUUCUGUACCCUUGAAGCAUGCAUUUUGUGUGUAUUGUUAAAAAUCCGCUACGGUAAAGAAAAUGUGUACCUGAGCAAAAAUAGAACGCGACCGAGAUCAAAAUUAAUAUUUCCAAUCCAAAACACUGUUAAACGAACGUCUAAAUCAUGAGUUUUACCGAUAGCUUCUGGACACUGGAAUAUAAUACUGGCUGUAGAGUAUUAUUUGAUCAGUUGUAUGAGGGAGUCAAGGAAAAUGAGGCUUUUAUUAAAUUGUUUGAGAAGAGACUGGAGCUGGAGAGCAUUUAUGGUAACCUUUUGAAUUCCAUAAACUUAACCCCUGGUUCCAGCAAGAGAAUGAAUGAUGAUAACUAUGUCUCCAGCAUAAAAAAUGCAUACAGUAAGAUAAACGAGAAUUUUGUUGGUCAAGGAAACUAUCACGUUGAAUUGAGUGAAAGCAUAGACUCCAGAGUUAUCAGUCCUUUUUCAAAAUGGUGUAAGGAACACAAAGAGAGAGUUGAAUAUUCCGAUUCUGUGUUAUCUGAGAAAUACAAAGCAUUCAAAACUUAUAAGCUCAACUUGGAGAAGGUACAGAAGAAGUAUUUCAACAAGUGUAGAAUUUUGGAAGACUUUAAGAACCAUUUGGAUGAAGACGAAUUAUCUUCAGGUAUCGAAAAUUUGCUGUCAAACAUCAGCAGGAGUACUGAUGAUGAAAAUGAUAAGGACGACUUUUUAGGAGAAGUUUACAAGUUUGGAGAUUUAUCUUUUGAUGAAGCAAAUUUGAAACAAUUGCUCAAGGAUUUGAUCAAGAACAUUGAUAUAAAGGAUCACAAAGUGGCUAUUUUAGGUACUUAUAACAAUGUAUCCAGUGGCUCAUCAAUUACUCAAUGGUUAUUGAAAAAUGUUCCGGGGUUGCAGAAUGACUUUGAUAAGGUGGAAGGUUUUGGCCAAGAUUUGAUAAAUCAUGGCUUUAUUAGACUUAUAGGUACAAUCAACAAUAACAAGAAUUUCAUUAAUUCUUCUCAAUUUUACUAUCAAUGGAAACCAAAGACAUUUGAUUUGAUUGGUUACGAUAACACGGAUGAAGUAUUGUCUAGAUCUUCAUCGGUUAUACAACAAAAGACCCAAAUCUCCGAUUAUUUUGAAGAUAUGAAGCAAGUCAUUGGCGUAAACUCUGUUGACUUUAACGAUAAAGGCCAAUAUAUCAAGAUCAGUCAAGAAGUCAAUUACUUGGACCAAAAAUAUUACCAGAUGGUGUUAGAGUUGGACAAAUUGAGAUGUAAUUUGGAAGAGUUGAUAAUGGACCAUUUGUCAUUUAUGGAGAAAUGCGAGUUUGAUAGACUUAAAGCUAUCAGAAAAGUAUUAUUUGACUUUUUGAAAGUCUUUCAAGAAGCUUUUAAAGAUAACAAGACUUUUUUGGAUGAAUUGCUGAUUUUAGAAGAAACCAUAAACCCAGUGAAUGACUUGAAAUUCUUCAUUGAAAACUUCAAAAUAGGAAAGUUCAAACCUACAGUUGUUUUAUACGACAAUUACUACAACUCCAAUGUGAACCAAAGUUUUGGGGUUGACUUGACCAUUAAGUCUAGAUUAGAUAAGAAAGUUGUUCCUAUCUUGGUUCAAUGUUGCUUAUCACAUUUGGACCGUGUUUAUCCUGAUGUGAUUAACGAUGAAGAAAGGAUCAAUCUUUGGGAGAAACCAGUAUCAUUAAGCAAUAUUCAUGGUUUGAGAUUCAAAUUAAAUCAUCUCAAUACAACUGAAGAAAUAACGGAAGUUUUGAAAAAGCAACAUCCUUUAAUCAUAACCAACUUGUUGAAAUUAUAUUUAUUAGAAUUGCCUGACUCUUUGAUAUCGAGCAGUUAUUUUGAAAUCAUCAAGUCAUUGUACACCAACUACCCAAUCAACACCAACGAUGAGCUGAUUGACAACCUGAGAAUCAAUGGGUUACAAAAUGUAUUAGUAGAGAUGCCAAAAUGUAAUUUGGCAACUUUGGAUGCAAUUUUGACCCAUUUAAACAGAUUGGUUCAAAUCAUAGGAAAGAAAGAUCCUGAAUUAGCUGGAGACUUCAAGGUUAAGUUGUCAAAAGAAUUCUCCUCUAUUUUGAUUAUACCUAAGCACCAUGGACACUUUUUGGCUGACAAUUUUCAAUUCAACUUGAUGGUGGAUCUCUUCAACAAUAAGGAAAUCAUUUUCAAGGAGUUAAGAAGAAACAAUUCAGGAAAUGAUAGAUCUGGUGACUCCAUAAGAAAGAAGAAGAAAGCACAAAUGAAUAGUCAAGAAUCUAACAAAAGCAACCUCCCUUCGGUACCUGUUAAGAAUGAAGUCAUAAGGGAUGCGAUUCAGCGAGCCCCUGUCACCCCAAAACCCAUAGAAAAAGAUGCACCUCUGACCCCCAAGUCGUCAGCUACAACUCCUGGCUUGAGAAGAUCAAACUCACCUAACAAAAAAUCAUUGAACUCUUAUUUGGACAAAGGCACCAGAUCCACCGCCAAACAGACAUCUACACCAAUAGUGUCUUCCUUGCCAGCUAAAAAAGAUAUUAAUUUAUCCGAAUUGGGUCAACCUAAGUUCGCUCCAUCGCUUGGAAGGAGACCUUCAGUAAAGGAUUUGGCACAACAGUUCGAUAGUCCAUCUACAUCCCCAACGCCGAAGUCUUCCGCAUCUUCUGCCAAAUCAUUAAGUUAAAUGCUAUAGACAUGUUGUAGACUGUAUUAUGGCAACUAUAUUACGAUUUCAAUAUAUAUAUAUCCUACAAUAACUUGGAAUGCUUGACGUCAUGUCUCAAUCUGUAAACGAAGAUGACCAACACCAAUACAACAAUAGUUAUGGUGAUCAACAACCACCUUAUAAUUGAUGUGGAAGUGUCAUGGGUGUUGAUUUUUUGGGCGUUGGAUGAUUCAUAUCGUAAUUCUUUAUGGUUGGCCAUCAACAAGUCAACCUUUUUGCCUAACUCAUCGAUGGUAAAUUGCUGUUCUCUAACUUCGCCAAUAACUUUUUGGUUUAAACUGGAGAUAGAUUCUAACAAUUCAACAUACUGGCUUGAUAUAGAACUCUUAAAUUCAUCAAAUGGAUAUGUAACAGGCUCUUCCUUGGUGUUUUGAAUGUCCUUGAGGGUUAAUUGAACUGAUUGAAGUUGAGUUUGUAUCAAACUGUUCUGCACAAUCAACUCAUUUAUCUUCUCAAAGUCAAAAGACGAAGAACUUAUUUGUUGCUGUUGUGUUUGUCCCUCUAUGUCUUCCUUUAAUUUCCUGCUUCUCUCCAUUAAUGACUCUCUAAUUUGAGCAGGAGAAACUUCAUCAUUUGUUUCUUGUUUCACAACCGUUUGUACUGCAACCUUCAAUUCACCGUCACUCAUCAAACCGUGGUCAUCGAUAGCAUCUUCUGUCAAAUGAUCCCAUACAUUCAACUUCAAGACUUCGAAUACUUCCUCACUUGCAGGACUGACAUAACCAGCAAAACCAAUAUGGAAUUUUCCUGAAGGAAUAUUGAUCUUCUCAGUUCUGAAACACAAGUUAUUGUCAAUCUGGACCUUGAAUACGUUGUUUUUUCUAGAAUAAGAGACUCUCACAUUGAAUGGUACACCAGAAUUUAAAAAGGAAAACUCACAGUUCCCAAUAGUUUCCUCUAGGUCAUUUUCAAUCUUCUUGGAAUUAUCAUUAGCGUAUAUCUUCAACCCUUCUUUGCCCUUAUUGUUCAACAAGAAUUGAAAUCCAUCAAAACUUAAGGGGCCUCCAAAAUUUGAAACAUCUUUAGUAUUUGGGGCUUCAACCAAGAACAACGAUAAUCCAUUAGAGUCGGUGAAUCUCAAAUCGGUAGUGGCACCUGUAGACCUAAACACAAACUCAAUGGUCCAUUCAUCAUCAGGGUUUGGUAAAACAUCCGUAGACCAGAUGGAUCCACCUAAUUUCCCAAUUAGCAUUCUUCCAGUCUCCACCUUUAUGUUGUUGAAAAAGGACCAUGAUUUUUCAAGACCAAAUAUAUCUUCAAGAUCUAUCAAAUUUGGAAAUGAUAAUGAAAUGGGAUCAGUGGAAUGCCCAAGGACGAGGUUCCCCCAUAAACAUAUCAAGCUCGAUAUGAAAAAUGCUUUUAUUAUCAUCGUAAAACUUGCUUGAUAAAAUAAUUUGUUCCUGAUCUUAGCU